GCAGAAGAAGGCGUAGAAGAAGAAGACGGGGCGGUCUUGUUUUUGUCAGCUGCCACGCGCAGCGGUCCUGCUGGGAAAAUGCGCAUCGAAAAGUGUUACUUCUGCUCGGGACCAGUGUACCCCGGACACGGGGUGAUGUUCGUACGGAACGACUGUAAGACAUUCAGAUUCUGCAAAUCAAAAUGCCACAAGAACUUCAAGAAGAAGCGAAACCCAAGAAAGACCAGAUGGACCAAGGCAUUCAGAAAGGCAUCAGGAAAGGAGCUGACAGUGGAUAACUCUUUGGAGUUUGAGAAACGCAGAAAUAUUCCUGUUAAAUAUAACAGACAGCUGUGGGACAAGACAGUGGAAGCAAUGAAGAAGGUGGAGGAAAUCAAACAGAAACGACAGGCAAGAUUUAUCAUGAACAGAUUAAAGAAGGGCAAACAGUUGGAGAAAGAAGAGGCCAUCAACGAAGUGAAGAAGAAUAUUCAUCUUAUCAAAGCACCACAUGCAGGAAAGGCCAAACAAAUGGAAGACAAAAUGGUGCAGAAGUUACAAGAAGAUGUGGAAAUGGGAGGUGAAGAUGACUAAUCGUAUACCCAAGGGGGUCAUUUUGCAUCACAAAACUCAAGUCCAAGUUGGCUUCAUAUUAUAUUGUGCUUCUGUUUGGAAUUCAAAUGUCCAAAUAACAGAAGAUGGACACAGAGAUGCAUUCAGUUUUAAACGGCUGUAAUAGGACUGAAUGCAUUUACCCAACAGAGACCUUCCUUGCUGCAUGCUUCCCGGCUUUCUUUUUCUUUUUUCAUUGCUAUGUGGUAGUUGAGGCUCUGAAACAUUUAUCCUGUUGCAAAGUAUAAUGUAUUACAGUAAUGUAGAAAAUGUUAAAAGGUAAUAAAGAAUCUUUUGGGAA